GAAAAAAGUAAAAUUCAAAAGAGAAAAAAUAGUAUAAAAAACAAAAAAUUGUGCAACAAUCGCGCGUGUGUGAAUUGUUAGUGUUUUGUUUUUGUUUCAACGAAUCUUCAUGACCAUCAUGAACACCGCCUGGCGCUGUCGCCUCAUGAUCUUCGGCAUCGUCUCCCUGCUGCUGGUGGGCGACCUCUUUGGCUACGGCGGCGGGAUCAAGUCCAACCACCCUGAUCACCACGCCGUCCGCUCCGGGGGCGGUGCGGUGGCGGCUGGAACUCCAACGGGUCCGGCGGCUGCAGCGGCCAGCAAGUUCCAGACGAAGAAUGCUGAAAUCGAGAUAGCCGAAGAGCACGACUUCAAUGAGUUCUCAGCCGCUGCCGAGGCUCUGAAGCCUGGAAUGUCCGUGGUGACAGGGGCGAACCUGAAGAGCAAGUCCCAGUUGUCGGAUACCAUCAAGGAGUCAUGUCUGCCAAAGAUGCUGUGCGAGCUGGCCUCCAAGCCGGAGUACCAGCUCAGCGAGAAGGAACGUGAGCUGCUCAGACUGAUCAGAUCUCCGACGAUGCCCUGGAUGAUGAAUAUGCCGCCGAGCAAGUGGUACUUCGCCGCCCACAUGGGGGAGCUAAUGCGUCACACCGGUGACCAUCUCAGCGGACCGAUGGGAUGCGCCAAUCUUUGGCCCAACUGCCCGAUCAGCUCCAAGAAGCUGAUGAAGCUCAGCUACAAAGUGAGGGUCUAGUGUGUACCCUCACUUGAUCAAUUAGGUUUAAGCAUUAGGAUUAGACACCUCUCGACUUUUGUACAAUAUGUCUUCGCCUUUGGAUCCACCCUGACCUUCCUACCUUGUACAUGACCUUAUGUUUAGACUUAGACCUUAGUCCCGACACGACUGAAGUGACUGUGGAACUGUAAGCACUUGUAUCUACUAGCUGCGAGUCCUAGGUAGAUUUUAAUUACAUACGUGUGACUAGUCACGACCCGAUUUAGCCUUAGGUCUAGUCGUAAGUUCGAUGCUCCUGUAAUUGUUAAUAAAUUACACUAUUUUGUGUUUGUUCACUCGCCCUAAU